GGCGGCGACAGACUUCCCUUGCUGCAGCUGAGUGACUGGGAUGAAGACGAUCUCUACGAGGAGCAGCCACCUACUUAUAUCCACUAUACUAUCGAAUGGAAAUUGACAGCGAACAAGAAAUUAGUUGCCAGAGAUAGCGAGCCAGACCUCGUCCUUGCCCCAAAUGCCUUU